AUGGCACAAAAUGCUGAUCCCAACCAUCACACACCUUGCCCAAGCAAGCCUCUUGAUGCUGAGGAAGACGACAACAAAAACGGGGGUGUUGACAAGGGUGGAGAUGGAGAUAACGGUAAAGAUUUGUCAUCCGAAGAUAACGCGAGCCAUAACCCAAACACCAAUGGUAGCAACUCCAAGGAACAUCCAGGAGAAGAGCCAGGUGGUGCUGAAUUGAACGGUGAAGAAGACAAAGAGGGUGGUGAAGACGAUCAAGAUGACCAAGAUAAAGGUGACGAUGAUGAUCAAAAACCAGAUGAAGAUGAUAACGAGGGAGAAGACGUGCCUGAUGAAGGCAAGGAAAAUAUUGAGGAAGAAGAGGACGAUGAAGACGAAGAUGAGGAAGAAGUAAUUCCGCCACCAAAGAACAGGAAGAAGUAA